UUCUCUAGGAAGUUUCGAGAACUACAGGCUUGCAAUAUCGGUAGGCGACGUGGGUGCACGGAUUCCGGCUCAGUUCGGUACGUGAAACGUUCUGACGUGGAUGCGAAUAUAGAACGAGCGUCGUACGAAACGUGCGCGGUCAUUCUAAGACUCCUCGUCGUUUACGCAGGUAAGUGAGACUCUCGCGAGACUCUUGUCGUCAGGGAGGACGAUCCAUUCGCCGAUCUGACGGCGUGGACCGGGUGCGAACAACGGGCGGCUGAAGUCGCGCGAUCGAUCGAUCAGUUCGUCCGCUCGCGAUAUUUGUCGUCUCUCUCCCUGGGCAACGUAAUCAGCGCUUAGGGUGUCGCGUGAGGCGUCUAAAAUUUUCCCAAGUCGGCAUUUCGUCGCGGUUUCUUCUUCUGGCUCUGCUGAGCUCUGCGGAGCUCUGCGUAACGGUCACCGAAGCCUGCGAAGGAGGAAGGGAGGGAGGAAACAGGAGCGCCUUGGCGGAUGGUCGAAGGUUGCGCGGCGAUAUAUUUCAUUACACGCUUGCCUUGAUGGACGUUGCGAAGCGGGACGUGAGCUUCGUGCCAGGCGAGUACUAUCAUUGCGGCAGCGAGCUUCGAAAGAAAGAUGGAAGCCUGGCUACCAAGUCUCGCUUGCCCGACUCGUGUUGAUUAACGAUCGACGCAUCGAGGCACCGACUAUUGCUAAGAAAAGGAGAUAGACGAAAAAAAAAAAGAAAAAAAGAAAAGGAAAAAGUAGAAUUCGCUUAUCACGAAGAGAGCGUGUUUUUCUCGUGAUAACGUAAAUGCGUCGUCGUCGAGCGUAAAAAUUAGUCACGAGUGAUCUGGGCAAACGCUUCGUUAUACCAAUUUUGUCAUCUCUCGAUUCGACUUGUGAUUCCGAGAACCCGCGUGCUCGGUAUACUACCUAUGCGAAAGUGGAAGAUUCUAGAAAGCUCGGAGAGGCGAUCUUUGUUCGCGAACGACACGCGCCUCGCCUUUUAAAAUACCUUGCUCGCUAGUCUAUUUAAUCGUAUACUCCCAGUUCUACCGUAGACGCCAUUUUGAAAUUCGCAUGAAUCCCGCAUGGGUGUUUUAUAUUCUUUGAAUUCACGAGCGUGACUUCUAUCUCUACUUCAAACUGCGUGAAAAAACAUUUGCACGCGUUGUACGAGAGUUGAAAUCAGUCGCGAGAAAAGUGAGAAAAAGGAUGAAGAGACAAACAUUGCAGCAAGAGUGAUUUAAUAUAACACUAACUACUUAACAUACCGUGAAAAUGGUUAAGGAGACUACAUUUUAUGACGUAUUGGGCGUAAAACCUGGAUGCUCGCAGGAAGAUUUGAAGAAGGCCUAUAGAAAGCUUGCUUUGAAAUAUCAUCCUGACAAAAACCCUAAUGAAGGAGAUAAGUUUAAACAAAUUUCUCAAGCUUAUGAAGUAUUGUCAAACCCAGAGAAGAAGCGUAUCUACGAUCAGGGUGGCGAGCAGGCUUUGAAAGAAGGUGGCAUGGGUGGUAGUGGUUUCUCUUCUCCAAUGGAUAUCUUUGAUAUGUUCUUUGGAGGAGGAUUUGGUGGACGAGGUGCAAGAAGGAGAGAACGCAGAGGUCAAGAUGUAAUGCAUCAAUUAUCAGUUUCCCUCGAGGAACUUUACAAAGGAACUGUGCGUAAACUGGCUCUACAGAAGAAUGUUAUUUGUGAGAAAUGCGAAGGUGUCGGUGGUAAGAAAGGUUCCGUUGAACAAUGUUCGACAUGUCAUGGUUCCGGCUUGCAAGUACAAAUUCAGCAAUUAGGUCCGGGAAUGUUACAACAUUUACAAACCAUGUGUGCAGAUUGCAAAGGACAGGGAGAACGUAUCAAUCCUCGUGAUCGUUGCAAAUACUGCAAUGGAAGAAAGACUAUUAGAGAUAGAAAGAUACUUGAGGUUCACGUUGAUCCAGGAAUGGUUGAUGGUCAAAAGAUAACUUUCAGUGGCGAAGGUGAUCAGGAACCAGAUUUGGAACCUGGCGAUAUAGUUAUUCUUCUCGAAGAAAAAGAUCACGAUGUAUUCAAGCGUUCGAGGAAUGAUCUGAUUAUGCGAAUGCAACUAGAACUCGUAGAGGCAUUAUGUGGAUUCCAAAAAGUUAUCCGUACUUUGGAUGGUAGAGAUCUAGUGAUAACCUCACUUCCCGGCACUGUGACGAAACACGGUGACUUGAAAUGUAUCUUGAACGAGGGCAUGCCGAUUUACAAGGAUCCAUUUACACAUGGCAGACUUAUAAUACAAUUUAUAGUCAAUUUCCCGAAGAACAUAGACCCGUCGCUUAUUUCGUCAUUGGAAAAAUGUCUGCCGCCGAGGGAAGAAGUUAUAAUUCCAGAUGGUGCCGAGGAGUGUUUACUUACCGACUUGGAUCCCGAGCAGGAGCAAAGGCGGAGAGAUACGAGACAAGCGUACGAAGAAGACGAAGGAGGUCCAUCGCGAGUCCAAUGUGCCACACAUUAAUUUGAUUACACUAACCCUGUAAUAAACAUAGCCGUUUCUUUCAUUUCAAACUCUGUCCCAUUCACUCGUUUCUGUAUCAUGCUAAAGAAAGAAACAACAUGGAUAUGUAGGCCAACUAUUCAAUGAGUGAGAAAGAUAUUGAAACAAUUCUACUGUUUGGACA